ACACGUGGCGGCUGAUGUAACCCUGGCUCCCCUACGCCGCAUUUAAAGGGGCAGCGCCCCGCCCCCUCCGGAACGGAGGUGCAGGGAGCCUUUUCCAGAGGCGCUCUGAGGCCCCCAAUUCCGAUACCCCUGCCCCUCGUCUUUCCCCCGGCCAGACUAAACUGCCCGAGGAGGCCGCGCCCCUCUGCUUGACGAUCCUUAAAGGGGCCGCAUCCCCCUCCCCUGACCUCCUGGGCCGGGGAGCUUGCUCAUCUCCACCCCCACGCCCCACCCCACCCUGCUCCCAAAGCCCAGCCCAGGCUGGCCCCCCAGAGAAGGCCUAAAGCCGAUGAGAAGCUGGGGGAUGAGAGGGGGGCGGGGGGGUGGGGAGCGAAGGCGCGGGACCAGGGAGGACAGACAAAGGGGGCCUGCGGGGUCUGCACGGCUGCGGCAGCGACAGCGGAGGCGGCCAGGCUGGGGCGGCGAUGGUGAGCAGGCCGGCGGGCGCCGGCACGCCCACUCUGGCCGCCUUCCCCCCUCCAGAGAGCAGUCACCAGCAGACCUCCAGCUUUUGAUGCCAGGGGCCUGAACAGAGCUGGAACCCAAGACCGUGAGUGCUGCCCGGGCCUUCAGAGCCCCACACCCACGGCAGCCUGAUUCCCUGGGGUCACCAUGGCAGUCAAGAAUGUCAAAGGGUUGCAGAAUGGUGCUGUCCCCAGUGAGGCGGCCAAACGGGACAAGAACCUCAAACGCGGCAACUGGGGCAACCAGAUUGAGUUUGUGCUGACCAGUGUGGGCUAUGCCGUGGGGUUGGGCAACGUCUGGAGAUUCCCUUAUCUAUGCUAUCGCAACGGGGGAGGCGCUUUCAUGUUCCCCUACUUCAUCAUGCUGGUGUUCUGUGGCAUCCCGCUCUUCUUCAUGGAGCUCUCCUUUGGCCAGUUUGCCAGCCAGGGCUGCCUGGGGGUCUGGAGGAUAAGCCCCAUGUUUAAAGGUGUGGGCUACGGCAUGAUGGUGGUGUCCACCUACAUUGGCAUCUACUACAACGUAGUUAUCUGCAUCGCCUUCUACUACUUUUUCUCCUCUAUGACCCCCGUGCUACCCUGGGCAUACUGCAACAACCCCUGGAACACGCUCGACUGUGCUGGGGUCCUCGACGCCGCCAACCUCACCAACGGCUCGGACCCAGCCCACGGGCCCCUCAACCUCUCCCAGAUGCUCAACUACACCCUUAAGAGGACCAGCCCCAGUGAGGAGUACUGGCGGCGCUACGUGCUAAAGCUGUCAGAUGACAUUGGCAACUUUGGGGAGGUGCGGUUACCCCUGCUUGGGUGCCUCGGAGUCUCCUGGGUGGUUGUCUUCCUCUGCCUCAUCCGCGGCGUCAAGUCCUCAGGGAAAGUGGUCUACUUCACAGCUACAUUUCCCUAUGUGGUGCUGACCAUUCUGUUUGUUCGGGGGGUCACCUUGGAAGGCGCCUUCACAGGUAUCAUGUACUACCUGACACCACAAUGGGACAAGAUCCUGGAGGCCAAGGUGUGGGGAGAUGCUGCCUCGCAGAUCUUCUACUCCCUAGGCUGCGCUUGGGGGGGUCUCAUCACCAUGGCUUCAUACAACAAGUUCCACAACAAUUGUUACAGGGAUAGCAUCAUUAUCAGCAUCACGAACUGUGCCACCAGCGUUUAUGCGGGCUUUGUCAUCUUCUCCAUCCUCGGCUUCAUGGCAAACCACUUGGGUGUGGACGUAUCCCGAGUAGCUGACCAUGGCCCGGGCUUGGCCUUUGUAGCCUACCCAGAAGCCCUCACCCUGCUGCCCAUCUCCCCUCUCUGGUCUCUGCUCUUCUUCUUCAUGCUCAUCCUGCUGGGACUGGGCACUCAGUUCUGCCUUCUGGAGACCCUGGUGACUGCGGUUGUGGAUGAAGUGGGGAAUGAAUGGAUCUUGAAGAAGAAAACCUACGUCACUUUGGCUGUGGCCAUCGCUGGGUUCUUGCUAGGGGUCCCCCUGACCAGCCAGGCGGGCAUCUACUGGCUACUGCUAAUGGACAACUACGCUGCCAGCUUCUCAUUGGUCAUCAUUUCCUGCAUCAUGUGUGUGACCAUCAUGUACAUCUAUGGACACCGGAACUACUUCCAGGACAUCCAGAUGAUGCUUGGCUUCCCACCCCCUCUCUUUUUCCAGAUGUGCUGGCGUUUUGUCUCCCCAGCUAUCAUCUUUUUCAUCCUCAUCUUCACGGUGAUCCAGUAUCGACCAAUUACCUACAACCAGUACCAGUACCCAGGCUGGGCAGUGGCCAUCGGCUUCCUCAUGGCUCUAUCCUCGGUCAUCUGCAUCCCUCUCUAUGCCCUGUUCCAGCUCUGCCGUGUGGAUGGGGACACUUUUCUACAGCGUUUGAAAAAUGCCACGACACCGAGCAGGGACUGGGGUCCGGCCCUCCCUGAGCACCGGACAGGUCGCUAUGCCCCUGCUACAGGAGUCUCCCCGGAGGACGGGCUGGAGGUUCAGCCCCUGCACCCAGACAAGGCCCACAACUUGCUCCGGGGCAGCAAUGGCUCUGCCCACCCCCAGGACUCCCGGAUAUAAGCACUGCUGCAGGGGGCUGACCCCCUCCAAGCCCUUCCCUACCCACCCUUCAGAGACUGCCCCAGGCAGGAGGCAGUGAGCACCCUGCCUGCUGCUGCUGCCACCACCACCGCUAACCCUGUGCCCUUUGAGUCUCUCAUCCUGUGUCUCCCCCUGCCCAUUCCCCCAGCGUUUACAUUACAAGUCCCUUUUCUGUGCCAGGACCAGGAGGGGGCAGAGGUCAGGGGCCAGCUCUGUCCCUCCACCCUAAAUCUGUCCACACACCAAGGGAUGUGGGGCCUAGGCUGAAGGUGGCUGGUGGGAGGAUGGGGUAGAAGUGGCAGUGAGGAAGGAGAGGGUGCGCCCCCAAGGAGGCCAAGAUGUUGGGAGCCUUUUGCUGCUGCAGGGUGAACGGGAGCCCUUGAGCCCCCUGUCACCCAGGACCCUGGGCUCUGGGCAAGCUCUUGGCCUAGGAGAGUUGGGAAGGACCUCAGAAGCCACUGAGUGUCACCUGGAGUGAGAGGGCCACCUUGCCCUUCACCCAGGAAAGGCAAAACCCCAAACCAGGGGCCCGUCUGGCCUUGUGGGACCAGCCUCCUUCAUGCUUUCUGCUGUUCUCUUGACCCCCACUAGAAAGGGGAGGUGCCCAGCCUCAGCCCUGAGGGCCAGGAGGGCUGUGACCUUCCUGUGCCCAGCAUGCAGCUGGCUGCCACCCUGGGUCUCAGAUGGUGCCAGGCCAGGCCUGGCACACACCCUUCCCAAGGAUGCCAAACUCCGUCCCUGAAGAUGAAAUGUGAUGUCCCAA